UGCAAUGCUUUGCUGUGGGGGAGUCGUCGGGUGACUCCAACGAUCUAUGUUCCCCCACAUUACCUUCUGCAUCGCUCGUAGACUCUUCAAGAGCCAAUCAGCCACUGCCAGCCAGUCAGGCAUGAGGCAGGCAGGCGCCAGCGCAUGGCCGCCUGGCAGAGUGGCAGGAGGGCAGGCAGGUCAUUGUUAGAAUUUAUGACAGACUCUGGUGCAAUAUGGGCACGUCCAGCAAUGACUCCGCGACCGCAUACACACUCCCAGGCGCAGGCAACUGGCCAACCUUGUCCCACUGGCUCACCACACGAGCAAAGUGGGGCGACACCACGGACGAGAGAAAGGUUGACCAUUUCCAUGAUUGGGAGAUGUGUCCCCGCGCCUGCCUCUGACUACUUCCACGCCUGGCGCUGAUUUGAGGGGCAACGCAGUCACUGGCCGACUGUGGUCGAACUUGGACCCUUCAACAAAUGUACGGAUAUACACCCACGGAGCUCCGGAAAGGCACCUCGCUGCACAGCACCGGCGAGCG